AUGGGCAUCACCGAUUCUGUUGGAACAGUAUUAUCCUUUGUCAGCCUAUUAUGGAUACCAGCCACGUUACUUUGCUGCUUGCCAUGGGUGCAGAAACAAAUGCUGUACCUUCACAGCAUCACCUUCUUUCCUGGGAAAUGGCUGACUGAGCCUGAAAGAGCCGGAUUUCUCAAAAACCAGGUUGUACCCUUUCGCAUUGCAACGAAAGACAAACAUGAACUGUUUGCAUGGCUUGUUGCACCACUAGGUGUUUAUGCGAAGAACGGAAAUGCUUUCACUGAAGAAAAGACCGGCAGCAAAGUAGAGGAUACAGUAGCUUGGAAAUCACUAUGCAAAGACCCAGAAGCAAGGCUGCUCAUUUACUUUCACGGCAACUCAGCAACCUUGGCCCAGGAACGUCGAACAAUCGAGUAUCGAUCAUUCUCCGCCGGUGCAUCAGAAAAGAUAUUCGUGCUGGCAUUUGACUACCGCGGCUUCGGCCUCUCCAAGGGAGAGCCGUCUGAACCCGGGUUACUGGACGACGCAGAGGCAGUUAUAGACUGGGCAUUAAACACAUGCCACGUACCCCCAGAACGAAUUGUGCUUCUUGGUCAUUCAUUAGGAACAGCGGUGGUGUCUGGUAUUGCACACCGCUACGCGGCUAACUCGGGCAUUGAAUUUGCAUGUCUCAUUCUGUGUGCAGCAUUUACCAAUGCUGGCAAUGCAUUUUCAUCGUAUUCUAUUGGCGGAGUAGUUCCAGUGCUGGCACCAAUCAGAAUCUUCCCUGCGUUUCAGAAAUGGUUCGCGCAGAGAAUGGUCAGUACAUGGCGUACCGACGAUCGACUUGCGGCCAUGGCGCGAACUUGUCCAAGGUUCAAUCUGGUCUUGGUGCAUGCCGAAAGCGACUCGACCAUGCCAUGGCACGAAACGGAAGCCCUUUUCCAUUCGACUCUGCGGGCCGCCAAGGACGCGAGCCCAGGUGACGAGAGCUUCAAAGAGGUUGAAGUUGUUGACUUGGGUGAAGCGGGCAGACGCGAAAUAUGGCGCAGCGACUCGCGCAGUAUAUCCAAGACGAUUGCAAAGCAUGGAGGCCACAAUACGUCAAUGACCUGGUCACCUGUGGCGCUCACCAUCCUUCAGGUUUUUGGCCUUACGGCUGGUACGGCACGCGGGUAG